CAGUGCAGUUGGAUUCACAGUGUCCAUCUGUGACUCGAACUCAGUGUAGGGGGAGCAGAGCGGGACAUUAUACAGAAGGACAGAUCGAGAGAAGCCAAGAGUCCAGAGCACUGGAACUCACAGGAACUCUGAAGACUGAACACUGAACUUAAGCCAGUCCGUAAGUAGACUUACAAACUACAACUGAAAGACUCAUGGUUCAUCCCAGUUGACAAUAGCUGAAGCUAGUGUUCUUGUCUUUUAAUGCGUAUGUGUGGCUUAUGCACAUGUAUUCUGCUCUCAGGGAAAGUGUGUUGUCAUUGGUACAUUUUCAUAUGGAUGAAAAGUCAAAAAUUGUUUUUUAUGAAGCUAAGCAAUUUAUUUAAAGGAAUUGUAUACAUUUACAGUAUACUCAAAAACUGAAAGAGUGAAAAUUUGAAAUAUUCAUACUAUUUAUAUUUUCCUUCUUAUGAACUUAAUUCUGAAGUUUUUCAUCUUUUGAUUUCUUUUUAAUAUAAUAUUUCAAAGUUUAUUCAACAUUUGCAGAGUUAUGAGAACUUGCAUACAUACAUUGAGUUCCAUAAUGGGACAAAGACAUAUGUGGUUGAAGUCCACAUUCUCAAUUGUUAUUUCAGGGUAUUUUUUAUAUGCUUUGGUUUCACCAUGUAGAAAUUACAGGACUUUUUACACAGGCCAUAACCCCCCCUGCCAUAUUUCAGGUAACCAUCAUUUUUGGGACAUACUGAUGUAAUGUAAAUGAAAUUAAACCGUUUCUACUUGCCAUUUAUAACAAUGCUGUGUAUUUAAGGUCACAUUUAGAGGUGGAGGCUUGUCUUUGAAAUAUUUAACUUUCAAUUUUAAUUCCCACAGCACCAUUUUGAGUAUUUUCUGUCGACAGCAAGUUUUCCUGCGAUGACUACACUUUCUAUUGAUCCCCGGGAUAUUAACAAAGAGAAGGAUUCAUGUGUAAAGCACAGCCCUGAAUUUGUUCGUCCAACCAUGUCUAGAAUGAGGCAGGUGAGGAUUAUGCUGAUGGGUCAGACUGCAGAAGGACAGAGGUCUGCUGGAAACAUAAUUUUGGGGACAGAGGCCUUCCCAGUUUCAGAAACACUGAACAGUGAGAGGCAUGAUGGGUUUGUGGCUGGGAGGAACCUGGCAGUGACCACCACAGCAGAUCUGUUUAACUCAAAUCUCACUGAAGAGGAACACUCACUGAAGGUUGGGAAGUGUUUAAGCCUGUCUGACCCAGGACCCCAUGUGUUCUUGUGGGUGCAGCAGGAGAGGAACAUCACACAGGAGGACCACAACGCUUUGAGGAGGUUCAAGAAGUCUUUCGGUGAAGGAGCUUCAAGGUUCUCAAUGGUGCUGUUCAUGCAUGAAGACCACAGGGAAUAUGUCAGUGUUGGUGAUUCAGCUAAACUCGGUUAUGAUGCUCUGCUGGCCUUUAUUCAAGACUGUGGGGGCAGGUAUCACUUCCACAGCAAGAGAAACCAUACACAAGUAACUGAGCUUCUGGAGAAGAUCCAAGAGAUUGUGGAUGAAAAUGGAGGCAGUUACUUCACCAGGGAGAUCUUUAAACCAUCGGAAGCUGUUCUGAAAGGCUCGGAGAGCACAAAGAAAGAAAUGACUUCUGGAGAGGACCUGGAAGGUCCCUUGAGGAGAGAAGUUCCUACCAUACUUGGCCAUUCAAGAAGUAUGAAUUUCAAACAGGACAGCAGAGAGCGUGUGAGGAUAGUGCUGGUGGGGAAUACUGGUGUAGGGAAGAGUGCCACAGGAAACACCAUACUGGGGAGAGAGGCGUUUUCUUCCAAGACCCAAAUGAGCUCUGUGACAAAGAAAUGCCAGAAAGAGACAGGAACAGUAGCGGGAAGAGGGGUAGCUAUAAUUGACACUCCAGGCCUGUUUGAUAGCACCCUGUCAACUGAGGACGCCCAGCAGGAAAUCAUGAAAUGCAUUGGGUUGGCAUCUCCUGGACCUCAUGUGUUCCUCUUGGUGAUAUCAGUGGGACGCUUCACGCAAGAGGAGAAAGAAACACUCAGGCUGAUCAAAAUGACCUUUGGUGACAAAGCUGAGAAGUACACAAUGGUCCUCUUCACCAGAGCUGAUGACCUUGGUGAUCAGUCCAUUGAAGAAUACAUAGCAAAUGGUGAUCCUGAGGUCAAGAAGCUGACUGAGGACUGUGGAGGCAGGUACCAUGUCUUCAGUAACCGAGAAAAGAGGGACAGUUGCCAGGUCAUUGACCUGUUUAAAAAGAUAGAAAUGAUGAACUGGGAUAAUGGAGGAAGCUGCUAUACUCAUGAGAUGUUCCUGGAGGCAGAAAUUGUAAUGAUACGAAUGCAGAUGUGGAAAGCGAAAGAGGAGGAGGUGAGAGACCUGGAGAUGUUACAGGCUAAGUACAAGUCAGAAAUUGAAGAUCUAGAAAGGGAAAAACAGGAGAGAGAGAGAAAUCUGGAAAAAUUACAGAGGGAGAAGGACAAAUUCAUACAACUGGAAGAGCAGGAGAGGACAGAACGAGGGGAGCAACACAGAAAAAGUAAUAACCAAGAUGAAGAGCAGGGGGAAUUACUGGGACACCUGGCACUUCUGGAGAAGAAAGCAGGAAAUGAGGAAGGGAGAGAAGGGGCCAGUGGAACAUGGAGGCCAGAGCAACAUGUUAUAGAGAGCCAGGAGGAUGGAGAGGAGGAAGAAAAAUGCAAACAAGAGAAAAAAGAGGAACAAGAUGAAGAAGGGAAUGAGAAACUGAUUGGAGGAGAGGGGAAAGAGAGAAGGGGGAGCAAAUUUAAAAUAUCACUUAAAAUGCCUGAGAAAAUGAGGAAAGCAAAACAAAAGAAAAAAAGAAAAGCUAAUGAUGAAGAGGAAAAGAAAACAAGCGAGACCAAUAAUGCAGAUAAAGAGGCCGAAAAACCAAUCAAUGAUGUAGAAGUGAGUUUGACAGAAGCAGAGUACACAAAACUCAUAAAUAAAAUUACUCAGAAAUAUCAGGAACUUGCAAAGCAGCAAGCAGACGAGAUUGAAUCCUUCAUGUUGAAAUACUCAGAUCAUUUUGAAGCUGUGCAAAAAAAAAAGGAAAGAGGAUGUGUGAUACAGUGAGCAGAUGCACAGCACAUGCACUGCCCAGUUUCAGGAAUGUGUGUUGGUGAAUGUGGUGACAGCACCAUUUCACUUCCAACUAAAACUGGAUUUUGGAAUAAUGAUAAAAUGUAGUGGAAAUCUGGAGGUGUUACGUAGAAGACAGGGAUUUUUUAACAUUAGCAUUUUUUUUUUUUUACAAGACAUUAAUGCUAUACUUGGCUAUGUAUAAAAGGUGCUGCAAUUUUUAAAAGGUGAAAUGAAAAUGUAUGAAAUUACCAUUUAAUAAAAGUUGAGCACAUGUGAACUGUUCAGUUACAAUCCUCAGAUUGUGAAGUACAGAGCCAAAUCAAGAAAAAAAUAUAACUGCAAGCAGUGAUUCCUGGGGUCCAACCAGCAUAACAACAAUUGGCAAACACAGAGAAUUGAUGAAGGUGGCCCUGAACCAAGAAUAUGGAUCAUGGCAUCAACUUUGGCACAUGUCUGACCUAACAGUUAUUUUAAUUGAAUUUUUGAAUAUUUUCUUAUAUUUUGACCUCUAAAGCACCACCAUUAGUUGGAUUAAGCUUAGAUACACAUACCAAAUUUCAUAACUUCAUGCCAAACUGCUUUGGAAUUAUUAGUUUAAGGAGAUGCAUUUCCAAUAUCAUUGGCUUGUCAUUCAGCCAUAUUUUGACACAGCUACUACAAAGUUCAUGUGUGUAAAAAGGUUUGUGAGAUGAGGCAAAAUGUAAAAUUUCAUGUAAACUGGUUAAUUGUUGUAGAAGGAUAAGCACUUUAAGUGUUCUCAUAAAACUCAAAAUGGUGUGAAAUACAAUAUGGUUCCUUGA